UCAUUUCAGUGUUGUCGGUGUCUUUGUCGCUUAUCUGAUACUAUUAUUGUUUUGUAUCAAGGACUGAGCAGGUUAUAAAUUUAAAAUUAACAUGAUUUAAUUUUUAAUUUUACUCAAUCACACAAUUUUUAUUUGGAUUCACAGACUUUGCAUCAAAUUCAUCUGGCCUAAGUACCAUUUAUGGUAGGGCAUAGCUGGGCGGAGGUGUCAAUGGCCUGAUUACAGCAAGGUUAUCAGCUGGUCUCUGUGGAAGUAGGUCAUCCAUCAACCAGUACAACUCCUGGCCCAGAGUUUACCUCCAGUCACACUGCACCGCGGGCUGACAACAACUAACUAUCAAGUAUGAGGUUGGUGAUUCUAGACAAUACAGCUCAAGUAGCAGAGUGGUCAGCCAAGUAUGUACUCAAGAAGAUCAAGGACUUCAAGCCCGGGCCUGACAAGUAUUUUGUCCUUGGCUUGCCUACAGGAGGAACUCCACUUGGAAUGUAUAAGAAGCUCAUAGAGUUCUACAAAAAUGGCAAAAUAUCCUUCAAAUAUGUUAAAACCUUCAACAUGGAUGAGUAUGUUGGGUUGCCAAGGGACCACCCUGAAAGUUACCAUUUCUACAUGUUUAACAACUUCUUCAAGCACAUUGACAUAGAGCCGAGCAACGUGCACAUCUUGGACGGCAAUGCAACAGAUCUGGCGGCCGAGUGUGCCAGCUUCGAGGCCAAGAUAACUGAGGCCGGCGGAGUGCAUUUGUUCAUUGGGGGUAUCGGCCCAGAUGGUCAUAUAGCGUUCAAUGAGCCGGGUUCGUCGCUGGUGUCUCGGACGAGAGUCAAGACCCUGGCACAGGAGACGCUAGAAGCCAACGCUAGGUUCUUUGGCAAUGACCUCAGCAAGGUGCCCAAGCAAGCCCUCACUGUGGGCGUGGGCACAGUCAUGGAUGCCCAGGAGGUGAUGAUCUUGAUCACAGGGACACACAAAGCGUUUGCUCUCUACAAGGCAGUGGAGGAGGGUGUGAAUCACAUGUGGACCGUGUCUGCCUUUCAACAACACCCUCAUACCAUCAUGGUGUGUGAUGAGGAUGCUACUCAGGAACUCAGGGUCAAGACUGUCAAAUAUUUCAAGGGUUUAAGUGCCGUUCACCAAAAGCUCAUUGAGGAUUUGUGACCAAUCAAAUGAACCUAGAGAGUGUUCACAAUCAACUGAUUGAUACAGAGACAGCACAAGAUUCUUCUCCAGUGUAAAGGGAAGGAAGUGGCUCAAGCAAAUAGAACUGGUUAUUAUGUAUAUUGCUAAAUAUUUUGUACCUACUAAACUAAUAUUAAGACUGCUGGAAUUUUAUAUGUAUGUAAUAGUUACCUAUAAAAAAGAGUAAGAAAUAAAUUUUGUUUGAGUAUAAAACUUAA